AUGACCCUUAUGCGCAAGCUAACGGCAACACCAACAACAAUGUUCGCGACAUACGAUGGGGCAAGGUUAGCAAAGGAUGCACACCUCAAGUCGCUGCUCCUGGAGGCAUCUGCAACGCAUGCGAAUUAUUUGAAUUUCGUUGCCGACGGACUGAUCGAUGUUGAGGAGGCUGUUGGCAGUGGCGGCAGCGGUUCCAUUCCCUUGGACAACUUGGGCGCUGGGCAGGCACAGGACAAUGGAAGCACAACGGCAGCCGCAGCUGAUGAAGAGGGCAGUGCGCAUUUAACAUUUGUCAUCGUCAAGUGUUUCAUUAUUGGUUUCAUCAUACUGGCCGCCAUUCUGGGCAACAUGCUGGUGAUUGUGUCCGUUAUGCGGCACAGGAAAUUGCGCAUCAUUACAAACUAUUUUGUGGUUUCACUGGCGGUGGCCGACAUGCUGGUCGCUCUCUGUGCCAUGACUUUUAAUGCUUCCGUCGAGAUAUCGGGCAGGUGGAUGUUUGGAUCGCUAAUGUGCGAUAUAUGGAACAGCUUUGAUGUCUACUUCUCCACAGCAAGCAUUAUGCAUCUCUGCUGCAUAUCGGUGGACAGGUAUUAUGCCAUCGUUCAGCCGCUGGACUAUCCACUGAUAAUGACGCAUCGUCGAGUAUUCAUCAUGUUGCUGUUGGUCUGGCUUUCGCCGGCGCUUCUUUCCUUUCUGCCCAUCUGCUCCGGCUGGUAUACAACCAACGAGAACUGGAAAUAUCUUAAAUCAAAUCCGCAUAUAUGCGAAUUCAAAGUGAACAAAGCCUAUGCCAUUGUGAGCUCCUCGAUGAGCUUCUGGAUACCGGGCAUUGUCAUGCUGUCCAUGUAUUAUCGCAUUUACCAGGAGGCGGACCGUCAGGAGCGUUUGGUCUACAGAUCUAAAGUGGCCGCCUUGCUGCUGGAGAAGCACCUGCAGAUUAGCCAAAUACCCAAGCCCCGGCCAAGCAUACAAGUGGAACAGUCGGCCAUAACGACAAUGAGACGCGAGCGGAAAGCAGCCCGCACAUUGGGUAUCAUAAUGAGCGCCUUUCUGCUCUGCUGGCUGCCCUUCUUUCUAUGGUACAUAAUCUUCACGCUCUGUGACAGCUGUAAAACACCGCGAAUUGUUGUCGGCAUACUGUUUUGGAUUGGUUACUUCAACUCGGCGCUGAAUCCAAUUAUUUAUGCAUACUUUAAUCGCGAUUUCAGGGCUGCUUUCAAAAAGACGCUCAAGAGCUGCUGUCCCUAUGCGUUCAUCAAUUGUCGCGCCAGCAUUCGAGCAUUUGGAGGAGGCGGCGUCGGUGGCGGCAACGGCAACGGAAGAGGCGCCAGCUGCGGUGGCCAUAGGAGGGAUAACGGCGCCAGGGCCGGCUCCUCCGAUCUGCCAGCGUAUGUGAACUCAACGGCCUCGUCGGAGAUACACAUGAAUGUGAUGCGCGGUCGUCCAUAUGGAGCUGUCACGCCCACAAUGACCGCCCAGGAGCAGCAGCAGCUGCAUCCGCUCUACACCAAUUAAGCAACGUAUCAAAUCCUACUUCAACUUCUCGACUCAUGUGUGCUUAUGUGUACCUACAGUCUAUAUGCUACACGCUAUGUGCUACAAUAUACGCUAGCUGCCCAUAUACCAUAUACUACCUAUACAUAUGCAUAACAUAUAUGCCCAACUGUAAGACCACGCUAUAAGCAACAGUUAGAAUGAUUUACUGUACCGAACACGACAAUCCCACAGAAAUAUUUGAAGCCUUCAAAAAAAAA